UUCUGUGCAACCCAUAAACUGCAGAGUGGAGCUCCUCCAAGCAGGCAGCAGCAGAUGGACGCGUGGGGAUGAGCCUCCUGUGGAAAAGAGUCCAGCUGUGAGGCUGGGAUGUCGCCAGGCUGGGUGCUGCAGUAACCUCCGUGUUACCACAGCCUCCAGCACUCGCAGAUCAGCAGCAGCCACCGCCGCAACACUCAGGCAGGACGAUGACUGAACGCACCUUCAUAGCCAUCAAGCCUGAUGGAGUCCAGCGGGGCUUGGUGGGAGAAAUUAUCAAACGUUUUGAACAGAAAGGGUUCAAACUGAUAGGCAUGAAAUUCAUGCAUGCCUCUGAAGAUCUCCUCAGAGAACAUUACAUUGACCUGAAAGACAGGCCAUUCUAUGCUGGUUUAGUUAAAUAUAUGCACUCUGGGCCUGUUGUCGCAAUGGUGUGGGAAGGCCUUAAUGUAGUCAAGACUGGUCGGGUCAUGCUGGGGGAAACCAAUCCUGCUGAUUCAAAGCCUGGCACAAUCCGUGGGGACUUCUGUGUGCAAGUUGGCAGAAAUAUAAUUCAUGGAAGUGACUCUGUGGAAAGUGCAGAAACUGAAAUCAAUCUAUGGUUCACUCCUGAAGAACUGGUUGACUACACAAGGUGUGAUCACACAUGGAUCUAUGACUAAAAAGCAAAUGUGCUACUUGCUUAUUAUCCUUUUCGUUCCACUGACUAUUGACCCUGAAAAACUACUACAGUACUUCCGUUUAUCCCAUAGGCUUGUUUUUUAUUUCUCUCCUUCCAGUGCACUUUCAAGUAUAUCUGUGUUCAUUAUAAGGAAUAUGUGUAAUUACAUUUGCUGUUCAGACUUUAUAUAUCAAAUUCUUACUUGUAUCUAAUUCACACCUGAACAAUACUUUGGGCAGAUUACAGUAGUGUAAACAGUGCAAUGUAGAUUGGAACAAUGAAAAACACGUACAUCAGAUUUUACUGUUUAAAAUAGUAAAAUCUAAAAUGCCUGGGAGAAUAGGAAAUGUCUUUGCUUGGUGCUGAUAAUGUGAGUGCCAGGGAAACCUCAUUGAGGAAGGUGUUCUAUAUAUUGGGGGCUCCCCAUGUUUUCCCACCUCUUUUGUUAGGUUUUCAUUUCCACAUUUUAAAAAAAUUAGAACGCCCUGUCUUUUUAACCACCUACCUAGCUUCUUUUGACGGGGGGCAUCCACAGGAGGGCUUUUGGAGAUAAAGAUGAUAUCCAGGCACGUAUAUAUGGGAGAAGAUGUUCCCAGAAAUAGUAUGACCUUAAACUAUUCAUUUUUUAAAUAUCAACACCAACACUUAACAUGAUCCCUAGGGUCCCUUCCGAUUCUGCUGUUCUAAGAUGAUUAUGAUUUGGACCCAAAGGAGGAGUCAGAAGCCUGGAUGCUGGAUAAAGCAGUGUCAUGUGAUCACAUGCAGGCAUUUAAAAAAGAACUUGAAUUAACAGUACGAAAGAGCACAGCUUUUUG